AUGGCAUACCAGAACAACAACAACAGCAGCUGCAUCAGAUGGUUCCUCGGGAUCAACGAGUUCCUCUGCCGCGUACCCAUCGACUACAUUCAGGAGACGUUCAACCAGAUGAGCCUGGAGUACUUCACCGAGACACUGCAAGUGAUCCUGAAUCCGGUGUUCGACAGUUCCUUGGAUUGGGUCUUCGGCGAUGAGGAGAAGUGGUACGGCAUGAUCCACGCCCGAUACAUCAUGUCGGAGCGAGGAGUGGAUGAUACGUAA